AUGAAGAGUGAGGCGGAAUUGGAAAGCCCCCCGAGCGCCGAUGAAGCCCAGGGGGCCUCCCAGACCCUCGAUGGCGCUGUCUCGCUCGACAAGGCCGAGCAAUUGAAGCGCGGAUUGAAGAGCCGGCACAUCCAGUUCAUGGCAUUGGGUGGCGCUAUCGGGACAGGACUUUUCGUGGGAUCUGGCGCCAUCCUGGCUCUCGUUGGACCCGUGCCAUUAUGGCUUGGGUACCUUUCCAUGAUGCUUGUCGUUUGGGUCGUCAUGAACACCAUCGCCGAGAUGACCACGUACCUACCGAUGAAGGGUAUCACGAUGCCCUACUUUACGAACCGUUACGUCGACAGCAGUCUGGCAUUUGCCUCGGGGUGGAACUACUGGUAUGCCUACGCGAUUUUGGUUGCCGCCGAAGCUUCGGCCGGCGCGAUCUUGCUCGACUACUGGAAGACACCGGUCCCAACGGGCGUGUGGAUUACCAUCAUUCUCGUCGUUUGCCUGCUCCUCAACAUCAUUGCCGUCGAGGUAUUCGGCGAAGCCGAGUUCUGGUUUGCCAGCAUCAAGUUCAUCACCAUUACCGGCCUGAUCAUCCUCGGCAUUGUCAUCAUGGCAGGCGGUGUCCCCGAAGGCGGUGCCACCGGGUUCCGGUACUGGAACGACCCAGGCGCGUUUAAGGAAUACGUGGGGACCGGUGCCACCGGCCGGUUUACCGCCUACUGGACUGCCUUUGUCCGCGCCGGGUUCAGCUUCAUCACUUCGCCGGAACUGAUCGGUCUAGCAGCCGGUGAGACGAUCGCCCCGCGUCGCAACAUUCCCAAGGCCGCUCGCCGCUUCAUUUACCGCCUCGCCCUCUUCUACGGCGUUAGCAGCCUGAUCAUCGGCGCCAUUGUGCCCUCCGAUGACCGCCAGCUCCUCUCCGAGACUUCUGACGCCGGUGCCAGCCCCUGGGUCAUCGGCAUUCAGCGCGCUGGUAUCAAGGGCCUCAACCAUGUCAUCAAUGCGGCCAUCCUGACCUCCGCCUGGUCCGCUGGCAACGCCUUCCUUUAUUCAGGCUCCCGCAUUCUCUACUCCCUCGCCGCGACCGGCCAAGCUCCGGUCUUCUUCGCCCGCACCACGAAACGCGGAGUGCCCUACGCGGCGGUACUCGCCACCUGGGCGGUCAGCCUACUGGCCUUCCUUAACGUGUCCACCAACGGUGCCCAAGUGUUCCUUUGGUUCUCCAACAUCUCUACCAUCUCCGGGUUCAUCGCCUGGAUCAUUGUGCUCAUCACCUACCUGCGCUUCCGCUCCGCCCUCAAGUUCCGAGGCCUGCUAGGCACGCUUCCCUACCGCACGAUCGGACAGCCUUACCUUGCGUGGGGCACGCUCGUCGUGUUCUCAGUCCUGACGAUCACCAACGGAUUCCAGGUCUUUUCGCCGUUCAAAUACCAAGACUUUUUGGCCGCAUAUAUCACCAUUCCGGUCUUUUUCCUCCUCUAUCUAGGGCACAAGCUUUGGUUCCGCACUCCCAUCUGCAGGAAAAUUGACGAAAUUGACGUCAUCACGGGGAAGAAGGAGAUGGAUGAGUUUUGCGAAAACGACCGGGACCCGGUGCCCAAGAACUUUUUGCAAAGGGUAUGGUUUUGGCUUGCUUAA